AUGACGUCCCUUCAAACUGUUCCGACCAGCUUUGCCCCUGUCAACGGCACCAUGAUCGCUUAUCGGCGGUACGGCAAGCCAAGUUCCCUGCCGUUAGUUUACGUCAAUCAUCUCGGUGGCACCAUGGAUGUGCUUGAUCCUCUUUUGUUCAAUAACAUUGCCAAGAACCGUGAGGUGGUACUCUUUGAUAGUCUUGGUAUUGGCCAUAGCGAAGGUACCGUACCAGAUUCGAUUGAGGAGAUGGCUUCGGUCGUUGUGGGCUUUCUCGCUGCAAUCGGCGUGUCCAAAGCCGAUUUUAUUGGCUUCUCUAUGGGUGGUGGUGUUGUUCAAUAUCUGGGAUUUGAGUAUCCCCACCUUGUCAAUAAGUUGAUUCUGGCUGGCACCCAAUCCGCCAUCGGAGAAGGUGUAGCUCUACCUCCACGAGAAGUUCUUGCGAGCGCGGGUGCAAAGGGUGAUCAGGCACCUACAGAAGAUGAUAUGAUAAAAUUAUUUUUCCAUUCUUCUGAGACCAGCUUGGGCUUUGGCCGUGAAUGGUAUAAGAGAAUCCAUGAGCGGCAACUCAAAGACGAAGAGAGAAAAGGAUUUCUUGUUGGACCCCGGGUUCAAUCACAGCUGGCGGCAAUUUUCAAAUUCACCUGUGAUACUGGUAAUUUCGAUCGAUUAGCAGAUAUCAGGGCCCCUGUCCUCGUCACGAACGGCCAUGCAGACAUUAUGACACCCACGGCAAACAGCUUCAUUUUGCAGCAGAAGAUCACUAGGGCCCAGCUGCACAUUUUCCAUGACUCGGGACAUGGGCAUCUCUUCCAGGUGCCGGAGCUCUAUGCACAGCAUCUUGAAUUGUUCUUGAACAACUGA